UUGCCUUCAUUUAUAUAUGUUCACCUGGCAUUUAAUUUGCUUAAAUAAGCAUACCUCUGGGGGUGACGUUCACACCACAGACGUCCUUGGAUGACCAGAGUUUAAUAGAUGUAGACGGCAUUUGCUCUGCUUCGCUGAAAUGGACGAACAUAUAAAUUAUUACCUUUGUUUUGAACAAGUUGUUGAACGCUCAGAAUGUCACUUCACAUCCAAAAUGGCGACCGUGUGAGGUCACUGUAUUUGUCCAAUGAGAACGUCUGUUUUCUUCCAACCCCACGUGGGGAUGCCGCUCAGUGAUUGGUUGCUCGUGCUGAGCUCCGACGCGGAACCUGAUUGGUUGGUGCGGGGCCCUCUCUCAGCAGUGAGGUCCUCGUGUCAGUGCACAGUCUGUGUGUGGUACAGCGCGCGGCGGAGGAACUGGGUACCCAACGGCAGGCUGGCGGUGAAUUAAACAACGCUCGAUAUUUUAACACAAAAUAACUGGUUCAGUCGACAGUUAGUACUAUCAGGAGCUACUGGAGAACUGGCGUACUGCUACAGGAUCUAACUUAGCCUGUUUUGAAGUUGUCUGCGGUCGAGGACUCGUCCAGCGUCCGAUCGGACGGACGGAGCGCCGCUCUCCGCCUCGGAAUCACCGGGCUUUAAAGGACUCUCAAGGGGCCGAACAAGACGAAGCGUACAAAUACAGGAACGACGAAAAGACAUCUUUGUUUUGCUCUUUAAGUCGUCAGUGGCGGUGGAAAGUCGAUGAUAUUCCGCAGUGUGUGGAUACUAUUUCUUACCUGUAUAGAGGAAGGAGGAAUCAGUCGAGACAAAGGUCCAAAGCGAGGCUGAGGAGGUGACACAUCCACUGGUCGGGGGUCUGAAAGUGCGCCUGGCAGCCCAGAAAAAGGCUUUGUCCGCCGCCAUCCUGCGUAUACAGGGGAAGGGGUGGCGGUGAUUUACCGCCCCUUCUCUGGGAUUUACGACCAAGAAAAAAAAAAAAAAAAAAAAAAAAAAAGGGGGGGGGAGAAAAACACAUCGAUUCCCUUGUGUAAAAGGCUCGACAUGUAUCCACAAGGCCGGCAUCCGGCACCUCACCAACCAGGGCAGCCUGGCUUCAAGUUCACGGUGGCAGAGUCCUGCGAUAGGAUCAAAGACGAAUUUCAGUUCCUGCAGGCCCAGUACCACAGUCUCAAAGUUGAGUACGAUAAACUGGCCAACGAAAAGACUGAAAUGCAGCGCCACUAUGUCAUGUAUUACGAGAUGUCCUAUGGACUCAACAUUGAGAUGCACAAACAGACGGAAAUUGCCAAACGCCUCAAUGCAAUUCUGGCUCAGAUCAUGCCGUUCUUGUCACAAGAGCAUCAACAGCAGGUGGCUCAAGCUGUUGAGAGGGCUAAGCAGGUGACAAUGACUGAGCUGAAUGCUAUCAUCGGGGUACGUGGACUUCCCAAUCUGCCUCUGACUCAGCAGCAGCUUCAGGCCCAGCACCUCUCUCAUGCUGCCCACGGCCCCCCGGUCCAGCUGCCCCCUCACCCCUCAGGCCUGCAGCCGCCUGGCCUCCCCCCGGUGACAGGUGCUGGAUCCGGUUUGCUGGCUCUGGGCGCUCUUGGCAGCCAGACCCACCUGCCUGUGAAGGAUGAGAAGAACCACCACGACCUGGAGCACCGAGGCCCCUCAUCUUUUCACUCGCCUCUGGCCAUUCCUCUGAAAGAACGCGAGUCCAGCACGAAUAACUCAGUGUCGCCAUCAGACAGCCUGCGGGUAUCGAGCGAGAAGCACCGCAGCUCUUCAGACUACGGCCUGGACUCCAAGAAACGCAAAGUGGAUGACAAAGACAGCAACAGAGGAUAUGACAGUGACGGAGAGAAAAGUGACGACCUGGUGGUGGACGUGUCCAACGAGGACCCAGCCACCCCUCGAGUCAGCCCCGCCCAUUCCCCUCCGGAAAACGGCCUGGAUAAGUCCCGGGUGCUGAAGAAAGACGCCGCCCCCAACAGCCCCGCCUCCGUCGCGUCUUCGGGCAGCACGCCGUCGUCUAAGGCGAAGGACCACACCCAUAACGACAAGUCGUCGACACCGAGCCUAAAGUCCAACACGCCUACACCGAGGAACGAGGCCCCCACACCGGGGACCAGCACGACGCCCGGACUGCGGCCUUUAUCGAUGGGAAAACCGCCCGGCAUGGAGGCGCUAGCUGCCCCGGCCCUCCGCACUCCCCUGUCGAUCGCUGGUUCUUAUGCCUCCCCAUUUGCCAUGAUGGGUCAUCAUGAAAUGAACGGAUCGCUGACCAGCCCCGGCGUCUAUCCGGGUCUCAUCUCACCCCAGAUGAGCGCUGCUGCAGCCGCUGCCUACGGACGGUCACCAAUCGCAGGAUUUGACCCCCAUCCUCACAUGCGAGCUCCAGGCCUGCCGGCCAGUCUCACCUCCAUUUCAGGAGGAAAACCAGCUUACUCUUUCCACGUGAGUGCGGACGGUCAGAUGCAGCCCGUGCCCUUCCCUCCGGACGCUCUGAUAGGCCCGGGCAUCCCGCGCCACGCUCGUCAGAUCAACACGCUCAGCCACGGCGAAGUGGUGUGCGCCGUCACCAUCAGCAACCCCACGCGUCACGUCUACACUGGUGGAAAGGGCUGCGUCAAGAUCUGGGACAUCAGUCAGCCGGGCAGCAAGAGUCCCGUGUCCCAACUUGACUGCCUGAACAGAGACAAUUACAUCCGCUCCUGCAAGCUGUUGCCCGACGGCCGCACCCUAAUCGUCGGCGGCGAGGCGAGCACGCUGACCAUCUGGGACCUGGCCUCGCAGACGCCCCGCAUCAAGGCUGAGCUCACUUCCUCUGCUCCGGCCUGCUACGCUCUGGCCAUCAGCCCCGAUGCCAAGGUCUGCUUCUCCUGCUGCUCCGACGGAAACAUCGCCGUGUGGGACCUCCAUAACCAGACCCUGGUCAGGCAGUUCCAGGGCCACACAGACGGAGCAAGCUGUAUCGAUAUUUCCCACGACGGGACCAAACUGUGGACCGGAGGGCUCGACAACACGGUCCGCUCCUGGGAUUUGAGGGAGGGCCGGCAGCUUCAGCAACACGACUUUACCUCACAGAUCUUCUCAUUGGGCUACUGUCCCACUGGAGAAUGGCUGGCUGUGGGGAUGGAGAGCAGCAACGUGGAAGUACUCCACCACACCAAGCCUGACAAGUACCAGCUGCAUCUACAUGAGAGCUGCGUCCUCUCACUCAAGUUUGCCUACUGUGGUAAAUGGUUCGUGAGCACGGGGAAGGACAACCUGCUGAACGCGUGGAGGACUCCGUACGGUGCCAGCAUUUUCCAGUCGAAGGAGUCGUCGUCCGUCCUGAGCUGCGACAUUUCUGCAGAUGACAAAUACAUCGUGACAGGAUCUGGUGACAAGAAGGCCACAGUCUACGAGGUCAUCUACUGAGAUUAUUGUCCUGGUUUAACGUGGGCUGCAACAGAAUGAAGCAAACUACAUUUUUCUCUGACUUAUUUUGGAAAUCAGCUGUGCUGUUGGCCUGUGGAAAUCAUACUGCAAGGAUUUUUUUUAAUCCCUUGUUUUAGGGUUGUACAUCUUUCUUUUUUUGGAUGUGACGGGAUGGAGCGGAGCUUCAUCUCUGAGAAAUUAAUUCCUCAAAACAUGUACAUUGUGUACAUACUGGAUUAAAUAAGACAUUUUAUAUAUUAUAAAAGUAUAUAUAUAUAUAUUUUCAUGUCCUGGGUGUACUUGUGACCAUUGUUUUGGUCGCUCUGGUCUGAGAGAGACCAGAACACGGACUGAAACUUUUUCAACCAUCACACCCUGAUCGUUUUCUAAAGCACAUUCUGCAGGCUGAUCUUUCCAGGAAUCAAACAGAGGAGCCUGAAUCUUGCAAUGUUGAACAUUUCAUGGAGAAUUUUUUUUUUUUUUAAAUUAAAACCGGCCUUACGUCAGAACGCUCUUAAAGGACGAAGCGUGGUCGGAUUCAGGCGGACCCUCCACUGGAACAAGUGGGAUGUUGAUUCAGGAGAAGAGACGGAUGUAAAUUUCCUUCCUGUAUAAAGAACUGUACACGUGUCCUAAUGUUCUGGUCUGUGUGUGCUUUCCCUGUUUUUGUUGAUUGCCUGUGGCAGAUGGGGGAUGUUAAAGCUCAGUCUAACCCUUGGACCUCAGUUGGCAGCAGAAGCCACAAACUGAAUGACUGUGUGCUUUUUUUUUUUUUUUUCCUCUAACUCGACGUUAUACUGAUCUCUCGCUGCUCCACUGGUUUCUAUUCAAACUAAACUCCAAGCAGUCCGGUCCGUGCUGCUGGGAUUCCUGUGCCCUUUGCAUCCUACCGAUAUUCCUGGAAUAUGUGUAUUUGGCUGUGAUGGAGAGGAAGGCAGAGUCAGUCUGUCUUCACAGAAAUGUUCAGUGCCUGUAAAUGCUUUCAAGGACAGAGGGAAGCACACAUGUAAACACAUGCUGUAGUUAGCAAACGAAGCCGAGGGUAAAUGCUUCUGGUUUGUUUUACCGUGCUUCUCAUCCUGCCGGCAUUUACAACUAAAGGGGCAAACUGCACCUCUGAUUCACACCAAAGUAUGUAGCAACUGCUGUCAGCACUGAAAAUAAAUGUACAGUUGUUAAUGACUCAAUAAAGCUGUUUUUUCUAGAA